CCCCUAGGCCCAGAGCGACACCCCCGCCCUCGGAAUGGCGCCCCCCUUGCCACCCUUGCUGCUGGCGAGGGAGAAAGCUGGCUUGGGGGGUGGACUGAGCUGGGCUCGCGGGGAUGGGCUGCCUGGAGCCACACGUCGGUCGGAGUGGGGGCCGUCCUGUCAGUGGCAGGAAGCUGAGGUGAUGGGGUGGGUUUGCGUGUCCCCGUCACAGCCCCCCCGGACCAUUCUGGUUGGUAGGAGGAGAGGAUCGGAGCUGUUUUCUCCUUGAUGCCAAGCUACAUCCAUCCAGGAGCACUCUGCCCUUUCUGUCGCUGUCUACUGGGACCAGGUCUGCAGGACUUGGACACGAGGGUCCCGGCACUGCUGCAGCCCCGGCUGGUCGCCGCCAGCUGUGGGGCUGGACUGUGUGGGCCGCUGAGCUCUGCCCGAGUGCCCUGGAGGAAGCGGGAGAGCCCCCUGCCAUGGUGCACCCUGCCCGGCCGCCCUGCUGCUGAAGCUGCCCUGCGCAUGUGUGUCCAGGCGGUGGGGCCGGGGGCCUGCCAGGCCUAGGAUCGCGCCCCCAUUCAUGGGGCUCUAGGGGCUUCCGAGAUGCCUGGGAAGAGAGGCUGGGGCUGGUGGGGGUCCUGGCUGCCCCUCUGCCUGCUCCUCAGCCUCUACUGCCCCUGGGUGCCUUCCUCCCUGGGGAAGCCCAAGGGCCACCCGCACAUGAACUCCAUCCGAAUGGACGGGGACCUCACCCUGGGGGGCCUGUUCCCUGUGCACGGCCGGGGCUCGGAGGGCAAGGCCUGCGGCGAGCUGAAGAAGGAGAAAGGCAUCCACCGGCUGGAGGCCAUGCUCUUCGCCCUGGACCGAAUCAACAACGACCCGGACCUGCUGCCCAACAUCACGCUGGGCGCCCGCAUUCUGGACACCUGCUCGAGGGACACUCACGCCCUGGAGCAGUCCCUGACCUUUGUGCAGGCGCUCAUCGAGAAGGACGGCACGGAGGUCCGCUGUGGCAGCGGUGGCCCGCCCAUCAUCACGAAGCCCGAGCGCGUGGUGGGUGUCAUCGGGGCCUCCGGGAGCUCGGUCUCCAUCAUGGUGGCCAACAUCCUCCGCCUCUUCAAGAUCCCCCAGAUCAGCUACGCCUCCACAGCCCCCGACCUGAGCGACAGCAGCCGCUACGACUUCUUCUCCCGCGUGGUGCCCUCGGACACGCACCAGGCGCAGGCCAUGGUGGACAUCGUCCGUGCCCUCAGGUGGAACUACGUGUCCACGCUGGCCUCAGAGGGCAGCUACGGCGAGAGCGGGGUGGAGGCCUUCGUCCACAAGUCCCGCGAGGACGGGGGCGUCUGUAUCGCACAGUCGGUGAAGAUCCCCCGGGAGCCCAAAACAGGCGAGUUCGACAAGAUCAUCCGGAGGCUCCUGGAGACCUCGAACGCCAGGGCCAUCAUCAUCUUUGCCAACGAGGACGACAUCAGGCGUGUGCUGGAGGCGGCACGCAGGGCCAACCAGACGGGCCACUUCUUCUGGAUGGGCUCCGACAGCUGGGGCUCCAAGAUCGCGCCUGUGCUGCACCUGGAGGAGGUGGCCGAGGGUGCUGUCACCAUCCUCCCCAAGAGGGUGUCCGUGCGAGGCUUCGACCGCUACUUCUCCAGCCGCACGCUGGACAACAACCGGCGCAACAUCUGGUUUGCCGAGUUCUGGGAGGACAACUUCCACUGCAAGCUGAGCCGCCACGCGCUCAAGAAGGGGAGCCACGUCAAGAAGUGCACCAACCGGGAGCGCAUCGGGCAGGACUCCGCUUAUGAGCAGGAGGGCAAGGUGCAGUUUGUGAUCGACGCCGUGUAUGCCAUGGGCCAUGCGCUGCACGCCAUGCACCGCGACUUGUGUCCCGGCCGCGUGGGGCUCUGUCCCCGAAUGGACCCUGUGGACGGCACCCAGCUGCUUAAGUACAUCCGAAAAGUGAACUUCUCAGGCAUCGUGGGCAAUCCUGUGACCUUCAACGAGAACGGAGACGCGCCCGGGCGCUAUGACAUCUACCAGUACCAGCUGCGCAACGGCUCUGCAGAGUACAAGGUCAUCGGCUCCUGGACCGACCACCUGCACCUCCGAAUAGAGCGGAUGCACUGGCCGGGCAGCGGGCAGCAGCUGCCCCGCUCCAUCUGCAGCCUGCCCUGCCAGCCGGGCGAGCGGAAGAAGACGGUGAAGGGCAUGCCCUGCUGCUGGCACUGUGAGCCCUGUACCGGGUACCAGUACCAGGUGGACCGCUAUACCUGCAAGACAUGUCCCUACGACAUGCGGCCCACGGAGAACCGCACGGGCUGCCGGCCCAUCCCCAUCAUCAAGCUGGAGUGGGACUCACCCUGGGCCGUGCUGCCCCUCUUCCUGGCUGUGGUGGGCAUCGCGGCCACGCUGUUCGUGGUGGUCACCUUCAUGCGCUACAAUGACACGCCCAUCGUCAAGGCUUCCGGCCGCGAGCUGAGCUACGUGCUGCUGGCGGGCAUCUUCCUGUGCUACGCCACCACCUUCCUCAUGAUCGCCGAGCCGGACCUGGGCACCUGCUCCCUGCGGCGGAUCUUCCUGGGGCUCGGCAUGAGCAUCAGCUACGCGGCCCUGCUCACCAAGACCAACCGCAUCUACCGCAUCUUCGAGCAGGGCAAGCGGUCGGUGAGCGCGCCGCGCUUCAUCAGCCCCGCCUCGCAGCUGGCCAUCACCUUCAGCCUCAUCUCGCUGCAGCUGCUGGGCAUCUGCGUGUGGUUCGUGGUGGACCCGUCCCACUCCGUGGUGGACUUCCAGGACCAGCGGACGCUGGACCCCCACUUCGCCAGGGGCGUGCUCAAGUGCGACAUCUCGGAUCUGUCACUCAUUUGCCUGCUGGGCUACAGCAUGCUGCUCAUGGUGACCUGCACUGUGUAUGCCAUCAAGACGCGCGGCGUGCCCGAGACCUUCAACGAGGCCAAGCCCAUCGGCUUCACCAUGUACACCACGUGCAUCGUGUGGCUCGCCUUCAUCCCCAUCUUCUUUGGCACCUCGCAGUCGGCCGACAAGCUGUACAUCCAGACGACCACGCUGACCGUCUCGGUGAGUCUGAGCGCCUCGGUGUCCCUGGGAAUGCUCUACAUGCCCAAGGUCUACAUCAUCCUCUUCCACCCGGAGCAGAACGUGCCGAAGCGCAAGCGCAGCCUCAAAGCUGUGGUCGCCGCUGCCGCCAUGUCCAACAAGUUCACGCAGAAGGGCAACUUCCGGCCCAAUGGGGAGGCCAAGUCUGAGCUGUGCGAGAACCUGGAGGCCCCAGGCCAUAGCGAGAGUCACCACCUCCUGGCAGCACAGCACAAACCAAAGUCCUCGGUUGCUCAUCUGCCCCGUGGGAGACCCAUCUUUGGCCCUGCUGGGCUGCAAGUCCACACCCCAGUGGGCAGAGGACACUCAUGAGAGCGCUGGCCACCAAACAGACUUACGUCACCUAUGCCAACCAGGCCAUCUAGCUGGGCCGCCGGAGCCUCAGGAGAAGCCACAGCCCCGUGGACGUCACGCUGCAGGCCCGAGGCCCAGGCCCCGGCUGAUGUCCUGCUGGCCCGUGGCACCCACGGAUGUGGCUUGGUGCUGAGGACAGCGGAGACCUGGCUGUCCCUGCUGGGAGCCUGGGCAAGCCGGGCGGGCACCGCAGGAGCCUUCGUGUCACUGUCGCACAGGGUGCAGGCGUAGGCCCGGUGCCGGUCCUCUAUUCCUCCCAUCCGUCUGUCCUGCUGGUUACCUUGUCCGUCCCUUUGGAUUUCUGUCCUUCGUUCUCUCCGCCUGUUUUCUCUGCACGUCCGUCCAUCUGAUCUGGUCCUCGGCUCCCGUAGUCCCUUCUCUCUGCUCCCCCCCUGCCCUGUCCCUGCCCUCCUGGGACCCCACAUUAUGCCCCUCCCGCAUUUUUCUUUCCAGCCCCCACUUCACUUUCCUGAUCCCUCAGUCCACCAAUUCUUCCACGUUGCAAGAGAAAAAAGGAAAAAAAAUCAAAACACAAAAACGCCAAAACAAAAACGAAUCUCCAGUGUGUUGCAAGUGCCACGCCCUCCUGGUGGCCUCGUGUGUGUCCCCGUGGCCGCUGCCCGCCGCCUGCCCCACCCGUCUGCCGUGUGUCGUGCCCGCCUGCCGCCUGCCCUCUGCUGACCACACGGAGUUCAGUGCCUGGGUGUCUGGUGAUGGUUAUUGAUGACAUGUGUAGCGCAUGAUUGUUUUUAUACCAAGAACAUUUCUAAUAAAAAUAAACACAUGGUUUUGCA